CCUUACGGCAGUGGCACACGAGCUGCCGCCUCGAAAGGUGGUCGCGAUCGGCAUAUAAAACAGAAAUAGUUCCAUGAUCUUUUUCUCGGUUCGUUAAACAUUUUCACGGUGAUACUGUGCCAUUGAUUUGCCAUCGCUCGAAAAAUCGGCGACCGCGGAAUUUCAACUUCCGGAGAAUGGAUCUUGUGUUUGGGAAGAUCUGAAUUUGAAAAAGUGAAAAGUUUGCUGUAGAGGUCCUACGAUUAAAUACCGGCUUUGUUACGAACAAGACUUCAACCAUGAGGAACGUGUAUUUGUUAUUCGCGAUUUUCAUUGUAAGUCACGUUUACGCUCGCGACGUUGACUUUUGUUUCGUCGACGAAGAUGACCCAUAUUUGUACAUGGCCACAAAGACUGCCUACCAUUUCGUUCAUGCUGGUAAAACAAGAUUUCAGGAUGUGCCUAAUUGUCAUGCGGAACAAGUUUGGAUGCUUGCUACACACGGCACGCAAUGUGCGUCGCAAACGGAGAUCACACGAAUGCUCGAAUUAACCGAGGUUCAAGCACAGAUACUUAAUAAUCACGAGUCACGAGAUGAGGGUCGCAUGUGCAACAAAGAUUUAGAGAACCUCAAAAGAUGGAAACCAGACGCAUACCUGGUCGUCGAGAGAGCGGAAGUGUUAACGCCUCAAGGUGUCGAAGAUAUGAAAUUGCUAGCAAGAAGGUUGCAGAGUAACUUUCCUCAGCUUCUGCAGACCAGUAUGAAUAACAUAACUGCAGACAAUUACAUGUUUAAAACAACCGACGCACGUGACACCAUGGGGUCCUUCAUGGAGGGACUCUUCGGGGACAGAAACGCUGUGGACGCCGAAGAAGUUCCUGUCAACGACACUUUACUCACUCCUUAUAAGAGCUGCAAUGAAUGGGAUAAUGAACAGAACAACAUUUCUAUGGAGGAAGUGAAUAAAUUUGAUGAGGGACCGCAGUUUCAGAGUCUUAUGAUGAGCGUUAGCAGACGUCUUGGAUUUUUGUACAAUAUAUCUAAAGAGACGGUCUUAACGAUGUACGAUAUGUGCCGUUACGAAAAGGCCUGGACAGUGACGAAACUUUCACCUUGGUGUGCGGUCUUCAGCAAGGAAGAGCUCCGCGUGCUGGAAUAUCGCGAGGAUCUCUACUACUAUUACAAGGCCGGAUACGGUCGCGAAAUCAAUGCUCAGCUAGGAUGUACGCUGUUGCAAGACAUGAUGAAUCACUUUUGGAAAGUGGAACAGGAUAAAAACGCGAUGGAACCGAAGGGAGUGUUUUACUUCAGCGACAUCAUCAGCCUGCAGAAUCUGCUCACCACGCUGGGCAUCAACAAGGAUCAAAUGAAACCGACUGCCUUUAAUUACAAGGAUAUGGCGAAACGACAAUGGCGGACUUCCUUUAUUUCGCCGUUCGCUGCUAACCUUGUCGCUGUCUUCUACAAAUGCGACGGAAACACUCAACCAAACAAAGUAAUGUUUUACUUGGCAGAGAAGCUGGUAAUGCUGGACGGAUGCGACGUAGGCCUCUGCGACUGGGAAUACUUCAAGCAAAAAUUCAGCCCCAUAAUUAAUCGUUGCAAUCUUAACGUUUGCUGGGACGGAAGCGGAGUCGCCGCUUCCCUUCCGAAUUUUAUCCUCGUUCUUCUUUCAUGCUUUUCUCUAGUCUUUCUUAGAAAUUAGAGACGUACGCGGUGCUGGAUUAAUCGAUAUGCACUUGCUUUCAAGCUGCACUUUUAUCUUUCGAAUCUUCAAAUUUUGUUUUAUGUGAAGUGGGACAUUUUUGUCAGAGGUCUAAUUUCUUUCAGGUAAAUGUAUCGUAAUACAUUGAAGUAAUAUAUUAUUAUAAUGAACUGAAAUAAUAUAUUAUUAUAAUAAAUUGAAAUAAUAUAUUAUUAUA